AAACGCAAAUUCAAAUAAGAAAACACACCCACCCACACACAGGCAACUGCCAUUUUCACCAGUGAAGAGGACAGGUGAAGAGGACAAGUGAAGAGGUGUUUUAUGGUUGAUAAAGACCAGGCUGAAGUCAAUGCCAUCCGUAAGGUGUUCAACGAGUCAGACAUUCUCCUUUGUUGGUACCAUGUAACGCAAGCAGUAACUCGUUGGCUGUCAAUAUCUGAAUCUGGUGUGAAUGGACCUGAAAAGACAGAUUCAAGAGCGCACAUCAUACAGUUUAUGUCAGAGAUGAAAUGCUGUUCAAAGGCACAAGAAUUUAAGGAAAAGGCUGAGAUGUUUCACUGCCAGUUUAGGAACUUCAAAUAUGUCUGCAAGUACUUCAGGAACAACUGGGAGACAAUUGGUCAUCUGUGGUCUAACUUUGGAAGAUGCUAUAAACAGAGACUCUGACACAAACAGGGUGACUGGUCUGAAAUACGCGAUAAACCCCCAUGAAAAACGCAAGUGUUGGCAGGUGUGCUCACCAGUUUAAUAUUUGAUCUGCUAUAGUUAGAAAUAAGACUAUUAUAUCUUUUAAACGUAACGCCUGUUUCACACCGCAAGCGUCAGCGGCGCGUGUUUUUUUGGCAUCCAUGUUAACAGAUUAGAACUUUCUUACCGCACGCAGCAGCGUGUCAGUGAGCCGUGAGCAUCGCUGAAGCAGCAGUGCAGCGAUAGCGCUGCUCACGCUCAAUUAAAGUGACAGUGCAUUGAUAAUGACCUAAAUACAUUGAAUAACAGUAAAAAGUAACAAUUUUACCCAAUAAAUGUCAAUAAUAUAAACUGAUUUACAUAUAGUCAAUCAAAUGAACUUAAACUAAUAAAAACUGCAACAAACCUUUAUUUCGGCUCGAACUACAAAACCAAUAGUAAAACAGUUUUAGUAUCAGUUUUGUUGGAGAGGGGAAGUGAUUUACGGGAAUUGUAGUCCAUAGCAAAGCGUAUUGUGGGUAGUGUAGUUCGACACCCAUGCUGGAUGAUGUGAACUCACUGUGUGCUGUGCUGCUUAAGCAGAGGAAGAAAGCUUUAUUCGGCUUUGCUUUGUUCGCUCAAGUUAUUUCACCUGGGAGCUGUUUGCACUGUGAACCUGACAACACGAAAAUAAGUAAAAGAAGGGCAUGCAUUGAUCACUUUUAUCCGUCUCAUCCUUUGCACGAGCAUAAAUUAACAUGCAGUUACUCUGCCGCUGGACAUUACUGAAGUGGAUUAUGUAUAAAUAUCAUUAUAACUACUGUAUAGAUAUAACUAUAGGCUUACAACAUCCUGUCAAUCAAAAACCAAAUAUCACUGGCGAUUGUCUUCUGACGUACUCCUCAUAGAGUUUGAGAAGCAUACAGGACUGUUUGAUCUAUAAAAUUUGUAAAAUAAAGAUUUGCAGGUGUGAAA